AUGGAGAAACACAAAGCCUCAUGUGACACAUCUACAGAUCUCCCUGACAUACCUCAGCGGGCACUAUGUGAACUCACUGUGGCAGACCGAUUGGCCAUUUAUGAUCAUGUAAUACAAGAAGCCAGUCAGCAGAGUGCAAAGAGAGAAUCCAACAAUAAGGAUCUUUAUGUAAUGUGGGAGGUGAUUGACAUCCAUUCUGGAGAACUAGGCAGGAUUUGGCAGGAAGUAAAGGAUGAGGAGUUCAAAGCAUCACAGCAGCCAUGCCACAGAGGGGCAUCUGAGAAAGCCCGCUCCGCAUCUGUUGAGUCACGUGAGUCUCGUGUCAGCUCCCGAGACAAGCAUGGGCACAAACGGCACCGCAAACACAGUCAAAGUCGGAGUCGAGAGAGGAAAAACAUGUGUAGGAGAGAUUCACACUCUCCAGAUGUGGAGAGAUAUCAUAAGAAAAAGAAGAAGAAAAAGAAGUCUUGA